AUGUCGGCACAAACGGACGUUUUACAAAAUAAUCUUCAUGACCAAUUAGAUCGUUUACUCGAACAAUUAGCAGAUCUAGAUCAAGCGAAAGAUGAAAUGGAUACAGACGAAUACACUGAAGCACGACAAGAUACUGUGGAUCAAUUAGAAGCUUUCAGCAAAUCUUUAGAAAAGAUGAAAAGUGGAGAGGGUGGUCCAUCGUUAUUAGACGAUGUACAAAGAAUUCAGAAUGCUAUUAAAUGCGCCAUUAGUCAAGCAUUCCAAACACCGGAAGUUAUUCGCUUUUUUGCGAAGAAACAACCGGUACAACUUCGAAAUCGUCUUGCUGAAAUUGAGCGUGAUAUAAAAGUCGGAAAAUUGAACGCUGGUGAGGGUGCUCGACAAAAACGCGAAAUUCUCGACGCUCUUAGAAGACUUGGAGAAACAUUAACACCCGACGAGGAAGUUUAUUUGAAACAAUAUUCAGAUAGUGGUAAUAUUGGCUUUGCAAAAAUGAGUGAAUCUUCCAAUGUAAAUGUCAAUGCAUUGUCGGCUGUAGCAGCAAAACAAAUCGAGAAUGCUCGAGCACCUCGAUAA